CAACCGUUUUGAAAAAAAUAGUUAUAGCGCAAAAAGCAGAUGAAUGAAAGUCGCCAUACUCUUCUCGAUACAAACUAAGCUCUCUUCAUUCUCCGGCCUCCUUUGUUUUCACCUUGCGCCAAAUUUAGCGGCGAUUUCUCCAACCUCCAAUUUCUUUCUUAAAAAUCCCUCCCGUUUCGUCACCUUCCUCUCCCGUUACACGCUUUCAUUUCAUCUAUUUCUCUCUAUCUCUCUCUCAUUUUAGCAAUGGCUCAAGUGGUGGCCACUAGAUCUCUCCAUGCUUCAUUCUUGAGCCAGGGCUCUGGAUCCAUUCAAGAGCGAGUGGAGAAGAUCAAGCCUGCGAGCUUCGCUUGGAAAGUGCUGGCACGAGACGGGAAGAAGAAGAAGAGCAAGAGAGUCGUGCUUAGGACGAACUCUCGGAUUGCUGCCAAGAGAGCCGCAGGUGCCGAGCCUGAAGUUAUUCCCGUAUCUCCCGAGGAUGUACCGAAGAGGGAGGAGCAAUAUGAGCAGUUAAGGGGGAUUCAGCAAGUAGAUGACACAUCAGUGGGUAUGUGGUCCAAGCCUACUGUUAGACGUAAAACAAAGAUUGUUUGCACUAUUGGACCCUCAACAAACACACGAGAAAUGAUAUGGAAAUUGGCCGAGGCUGGAAUGAAUGUUGCUCGUUUGAAUAUGUCUCAUGGAGACCAUGCAUCUCAUCAGAAAGUUAUUGAUUUAGUUAAGGAAUAUAAUGCACAAUCCAAGGACAACACCAUUGCAAUUAUGCUUGACACCAAGGGUCCUGAGGUUAGGAGUGGCGACUUACCCCAACCAAUUACAUUAACAACUGGACAGGAAUUUACUUUUACAAUUCAGAGAGGGGUUGGGACACCUGAUUGUGUCAGUGUCAACUAUGAUGAUUUUGUUAAUGAUGUAGAAGUGGGCGACAUGCUUCUUGUUGAUGGUGGUAUGAUGUCAUUGGUGGUGAAAUCUAAGACAGAAGAUUCAGUGAAAUGUGAAGUUGUUGAUGGUGGUGAGCUUAAGUCUAGGCGGCAUUUAAAUGUCCGAGGAAAAAGUGCUACACUACCUUCUAUUACUGAAAAGGACUGGGAUGACAUAAAAUUUGGAGUAGACAAUAAAGUUGACUUUUAUGCUGUUUCCUUCGUUAAAGAUGCACAAGUGGUUCAUGAGUUGAAGAAUUAUCUGCAAAGUUGCAAUGCAGAUAUUCAUGUUAUUGUUAAAAUUGAAAGUGCAGACUCUAUUCCAAAUUUGCAUUCAAUUAUAACAGCAUCUGAUGGGGCGAUGGUUGCAAGAGGAGAUCUCGGUGCUGAGCUUCCUAUUGAGGAGGUUCCUCUUUUGCAGGAAGAGAUAAUUAGAAUAUGUCGAAGCAUGGGGAAAGCUGUUAUUGUGGCAACCAAUAUGCUUGAAAGCAUGAUUGUUCAUCCAACACCAACAAGAGCAGAGGUAUCUGACAUUGCCAUUGCUGUUCGGGAGGGUGCUGAUGCUGUCAUGCUUUCUGGAGAAACAGCUCAUGGAAAGUUUCCUUUGAAAGCUGUUAAAGUGAUGCAUACAGUUGCACUACGAACUGAAGCAACCGUAUCUGGUGGUGCAAUGCCCCUUAAUCUUGGUCAAGCUUUUAAGAACCACAUGAGUGAGAUGUUUGCAUAUCAUGCAACUAUGAUGUCAAAUACUCUUGGAAUCUCCACUGUUGUCUUCACUAGAACUGGUUUCAUGGCUAUACUACUUAGCCAUUAUCGUCCUUCUGGCACUAUUUUUGCCUUCACAAACGAGAAAAGGAUACAACAAAGAUUAGCUUUGUAUCAAGGAGUAUGUUCCAUAUACAUGGAGUUCUCAGAUGAUGCCGAGGAAACCUUUAAGAAUGCUUUAGCUUUGCUGCAGAAGCGAGGAAUGGUGAAGGAGGGAGAAGAUGUGGCUCUUGUUCAGAGUGGCAGACAGCCCAUCUGGCGAUUCCAGUCCACUCAUAAUAUUCAGGUCCGCAAAGUGUAGUAUCUGAAGAAAGACGCAAAGCCCAUAUGACUGAGUUAUCUUCUUCAUGCAAUUUAUAGUUCCACGGUAACAGAGAAGAGUAUUCAGGGUAGGCUUGGGAGCUUCUCUCACAUCAUGUGAUUGAUAGGACCUUUUUUUAGCAUUGCCUAUUAUUCUAGGUUUUUUUUUUUUUUUGCUUGAGAUUUCCUGGUAUAUUUAUCUUUUCGUGGUUCUUUUAGUUUCCCCCCUCUACAAGAAAGCAGUCAAGUCUUGGUGAGUGGGGAUAGUUUAGACGAUUUGAGCUUCUUUCUUGUCAAAAGGAAUGUGAUGAUCUGCCUAUAUUUUCAUGUGUUCGGCUUACCAGCAACACAGUGUAGUUUGAUGGAAUCGUCAAACAUCCAUACAUAUCCAUGUAGGCGAUUUUUCCAGUGAAAUCAAACUAUAAUUAAUAGUAAGCUCUUGUCAUGAUGAUUUAUUUGUGUUUUAAUCAAACCGGUUCAAACUUGGAAAAUCACUUUGCUCAAAA